AUGAGUACUCCAAAUUCCCCCACCCAAAGCCCAGUAGCCGAGCUAUGCCACAGCAUCGAGACCAGCUUCAAAUCAACAAGUCUAGGACCCGACAGCUGGUACCUCCUCACAAUCGCCUGUCUAUCCGGUAGCCCCGACCCCGAGUUAGCCAAGGAUCUAUACCUCUACGUCAUCCAGAAAGAGAAAAAUUCCACCUCAGCCGCCCGGCAGGCAUUCAUACGUCGCAUCCGCGAAACCCUAGUCAAAUGUGUCUCCAUCGUGUGGUGCUGCAAGCCCAUCGAGGCUAGAAUUGCCAUCAGUCAGGUUGAGCAGGAAGAGGACAGGGAUUACAGUCUGACGCGGGAGUAUUGGCAAUGCGAUCAGGCGAACGACGAGAGAGGCAUGAGAUGCAUUAUGAUUGAGAAUCUGAGGAAGAAGACCCAUUGGCAUAUUGGAGGGACGAGGAGAAUUGGGGUGUCGAAGGAAGAUACACAGGUUCUGUGGGAGUGUAUUCAACGCGUUGCUUGUAUUUUCGACUUGAAAAUGAAUAAGGUCCCGACUGUUGAUGCGGUGGAAUACGAUGUCUGA